AUGCAAUCAAGUUCAGUGAUGAAAACAGAUAAAAAGAAUAGAGACGAAAUUAAUCUUUCGAUAGAACAAUUAUGUGAUAACCUUAAUGAAGCGAGCUUUAUCAUGACUCCACAUGGAAAACAUCCUCAAAAUAAGAAAGAUAAAGAAGUUAGUCCUGCUAACUCUGAAGAUUCAACAUCAUCAGGUCAUUCCAGCCGUUCAAGUGAUCAAACUAGCUCUACUCUUCUUUCUGAAAACUCUUUGUAUGAAAAUAAGUUUAUGGAAGAUACAAAGUUAAACGGAAAUUCUUUCUACUAUAAUGGACGUUAUAGUCAAUCAAAGAUAAUGAAAGAUGAUAUUAGAUUACAUCAAAGUUCACCGAUCACCUAUCUAACUGACGAAGUUAUGCUUCAUACACGAUCUGUCGAAUCAACCAUGCAAGGAAAAGUUCCUAAAGAAUUCGUAAUUCCACAGACAAAUCCGCGAUCUGCUUGUAUCACGUGUAUCUAUGGAAACAUUCUAUUGAAACCUUGUGGUCAUAGGAUGUGUGAAUCAUGUGUUAAACAAUUGCGUUGUAAUACGGUGACAAAUUCUUUCAAGACAUACUCUGAAUGCAAACACUGCGGAAAGGCUAUUGCAGAAUUUAAAACAAUUUCUUCAAUUCCGCUUGGAGGAGGUUUCUUUCCAACUCCGUUAAGCUCUUGUGACGUGACGCAAAUUACGAAUAAUGUACAAUCAAGUGUGCAAAACGUUCCGGAACAAGUUCCUUUCGGUUCAGUUUCUUGGGUUUUCCCAGGUAUAACGCCUUCAAAUGACCCACCAGGAAUGCAAUCUAUGACCGGCGUCAUUGCUAAUAGGUCCCAGCAAAUCCAAUUUGGAGACCUUAGCAAACUAGCGGUUCCGCAUAAAUGGCCUGUUGUAAAGAUUACAAAUAUUCCUUGGGAUAUUUCCUUGAAGGAAGUAAGGACUUUUUUCUCGGCUUUCAAGAUGCCUAGCAUAUCUUUGUAUGGGCAGAAUAUUCAUAUUAUCAUGGAUCGUUCAACAGGCAAAACUCUCUCUGAGGCUUAUAUUGAAUUUGCAACAGUUGCAGAAGCGCAACAUGCAGUGGAUGCACGUAAUAUGAAACCUUUAAAGGGACGUCUUAUCUCGUGCAUUAGAUCAUGUCAUGAAGAUUUGAUGAGAGCGGUGUUUCCAAAGUGGAAAGGAGAAUUUUCCGGAUGUGAUGCGGUAGUCACUGACGAGCUAUUACAAUCAACUCGUUUUGUGUCGCGCAUUCCUCUUAUCACGAGAGAAGAGAUUAACUCACUUCUCGUGGUUUGUCGUAAUUAUAAGCUCCAUUUCUCUCGUAAAUGCGCAGAACGUCCAUUUGAGAAUAUCAUUAGUGUUCUCGUUAAGUUUCCUUUUCACCAAGGAAAUCUUUAUACCACGCUGCAACGUGAUCUUUUGUUUGAGAUGUUAAAGCUCUCAAUCGAAUCGCUCAAAAUUCAUUUGCGCAAGGAAUACCAUCGUAUUGAUGAAACCCUAUUGGAAAGAAUGGUGCGAGCUGGUAUUUUGACGCCUGUAUUCACUGAACGACAAAAAUCAAUGAUUCUUCAAGUGUCUAAUCUGAAACUCCCCGAGGAUUUACAAGAUCAUUUAUUUCCUUAUCAGAAGGAUGAAGAAUUGCUGCAAGUCGGCUCGGAUUAUACUCAAAAUCAACCCGAUCAAACUUCAUCCGCCAUAUCUGACUCGGUAGGAUUGGACCUACUUCCCUCAGGAUUACUUGACGUGAAACCUAACGAAUUAAGUUGCGAAUAUAAAGAUGAACUUGAUCCUUUCAAAAAUGAUUAUAAGACGAAGGCAAAUUUCCUCCAUAAAGAAUUGAAGUUAGCACAAUCACAAGUCAAAACUGCAGCGGCUAAUAUACCUCGCAUUACAAUUCCUACGUUUAUUCAUCCACCAACUCCUCGAAAUGGUCCAAUUCAAGCAUUUGAUGUAUGGAAUAGAUUAAAUGAAAGACGAUACAAGGAUUUAGGAGGCUUCACGAUUGGAAGAUCACAAAUUCUGCCUCAAAACAGAAGGCCGUACUUUAUGAGUCCAACGGGAAGACAACAAAUUGUUCCUUCACCUGCACAUUCUCAUCAACCUUGGAGUUUGCCUAUUCAGCAAUACUUUGAUGAUAAUCCUUUUUUCGUUAAAAAACCACAAAAAUAA